UCAGCUUCCUCCUGGCUAUAGGCUAUAGCUACUCAUUUUAUCUAAGCACGUCAUGAGGAUCACCUUCCUUUUACUUCUCCACAUUUGCGUGGCCGCGUUGCUUGCAGAAGCAUCGCAAGAGGCUCGACUCAGAGAGUUCAUCGUGUCCAGAAGGAGCAGCAGAAGCAGCAGAAGCAAUGCGUACAACGUACAUGAUGAGCAAAAGGUAAGAGUUGGCGCUACCAAUACCAGAAGCCUCGGAGCAGAGCACUCUGUCUCUCACCAGACCACUUUGAAGGCCGCCGAUAAGAUUGCGGCGUUGCCGGGGCAGCCCGAUGGUGUCAGUUUCAGCCAGUACAGCGGGUACGUGACCGUCGACGAGGCGAACGGCCGCGCGCUUUUCUACUACCUCGUGGAGGCUGCCGGCGACGCGGCGGCGAAGCCACUCGUCCUCUGGCUCAACGGAGGUCCUGGAUGCUCAUCAUUUGGCUACGGAGCAAUGAUAGAGCUAGGCCCGUUCCGCGUGAACAGCGACAACAAAACCCUCAGCAGAAACAAGCACUCCUGGAACAACGUGGCUAACGUGAUCUUCUUGGAAUCGCCGGCCGGGGUCGGGUUUUCCUACUCCAACACGACCUCCGACUACGAUAAGAGUGGAGACCAGAGGACAGCGGAUGAUGCGUUUAUCUUCCUUGUCAACUGGCUUGAGAGGUUUCCUGAGUACAAAGGCCGAGCCUUCUACAUCUCUGGCGAGAGCUACGCUGGCCACUAUGUCCCGCAGCUCGCAGCCACCAUCUUGAGUCACAACAUGAACGAUACUACAAGAACCUCCCUAAAUCUUCUGGGUAUCUUGGUUGGGAACCCAUACCUUGAUGACAGCAUGAACACAAAGGGGGUGAUUGACUACUUGUGGAGCCAUGCGGUGAUAUCAGAUGAGGUGCAGAUCAACAUCACCAAGAACUGCAAAUUCAAUCCGUCGGACGGUACAGCAUGCUUGGAUGCUAUGGCCGCAUAUGAUCUUGCUAACACGGAUGUGUACGAUAUAUACGGACCAGUUUGCAUCGACGCGCCCGAUGGAAAAUACUACCCCAGCCGCUAUAUACCGGGGUAUGACCCGUGCAGCGGCUAUUACAUAGAGGCUUACCUCAACGAUCUGGAGGUGCAAAAGGCUUUGCAUGCUAGAACAACCGAGUGGUCCGGAUGCACGGACUUGCACUGGAAAGAUUCACCGGCGUCCAUGGUGCCUACACUCAAAUGGCUGUUGGAGCACGGACUUCCCGUGUGGUUGUUCAGCGGCGAUUUUGACUCAGUGUGCCCGUUUACUGCCACGAGGUACUCCAUCCAUGACCUCGGCCUCGCUGUUGCCGAGCCGUGGCGCCCCUGGACUGCAAGCAAAGAGGUUGGAGGAUAUAUUCAAUUAUACACGGGCGGUUUGGUGUUUGCGUCUGUAAGGGGAGCUGGGCACCAGGUCCCUUACUUCGAACCUGAGAGAGCGUUGAUAUUGGUCAGCUCCUUUCUGAAAGGAAUGCUUCCGCCCUAUGAAAAGGGUCUGUAAUAUGUGGCCUGAGUACAAAUUAUGCUUUAAAUGCUUGAGCGCCGCACACCGGGCGCCAUGCAGUCAUCAGUCAUGUAUAUUGUUGCAUA